AUGCCAAUAGUCGAUAAGCUGAAGGAGGCUCUAAAACCCACUCGCAAGGAUUCUGCUCAUGAUGGGAACCUGGGGAAGCUCCUGGCCUCCUCUGCCAAGAAGGUCCUUUUACAGAAGAUGGAGUUUGAGCCAGCCAGCAAGGGUUUCUCCUACCAGCUGGAGUCGAAGAGCAAAUAUGUGCUGCUGAACCCCAAGACUGAGGGCGCCAGUCACCACAGGAGUGCCGAGGAAGCACAGAUCCGGAGGCAGGGCAGCGAGCAUGGAUAUGAAAGCUGCAGCGAUGGUGUCCCAGCCCGGCAGAAAGUGCUCUUCCCCGUGGAGCGGCUGUCUUUGAAGUGGGAGCAUGUUUACCAGGUCGGAGCGGGACUCCACAACCUCGGCAACACCUGCUUCCUGAACUCGACCAUCCAGUGUCUGACCUACACACUGCCUCUGGCCAACUACCUUGUGUCCAAGGAGCACGCCCGCCACUGUGAGUGGGCUCGGUGGUGGGGGAUUGGCUCUGGGCCCCUGGACUGGUCAGUGUCUGAGGCAGGCCCAGCCCUGCACUCCUGGCACAGCCGUUCUCAGUCUGGGGCUAAGUUUGGGAUAAGGUUCAGGUACAUAACACUUGCACCCGUGAGCGCGUUGCCAGCUCCUGCACGAACGGGCACACCCCGCCGCUCCUCUCCACGGGGAGGCCACGCGGAAGGGUUGUGUUCUGCCCAGCGCUCGUCCACGCCGAGCGCUCCCUCCUCGGCGGCCCGGGGACGGUUCCCUGCACCCAUGCAGCUCUCCCGUGAGACCCGGGAGGGGGUAGGAGGGCAUCGCUCCCUGCUCUUGCGGUCGCGCUCCUCGCGUCCCGCGCACCCGGCCCACAAGAGUGAGAAACGCCAGCGCCCCCCCCCCCCCGCCCCGCCCCGGGGUUUCUCGGUGCCUCUUCACUGA